CCGCUCCGCGCCCAGCGGUAACCCCACCCAACCCCUGUGAGCUGUGACACAGCUGUACUCCUCUCCCCACUCCAGGCGCUCACACUCACAUCCCCUUCCCUCCACAGGAAUCCGCCGCCACAAUCCCCUCCGCUCCACAUUGUGGGAUUGAGCCGAACACAAGCACCCUCCUCCCCGAAACCUCUUCUUUGCCCUGCUUUCGGUGGUAUGGUGCGAUGAUGACUAGGGAGGCUGUGCUGUUGUCCCUCCUCUUCUGCCUCGCCGCUGCCGGCGAGGCAGUGUCACUGGUGAGCCAGGGCGAGGCGGCGGAGCUGGCGGUGUCGGUGGACCCGUCGUGGCGCUUCCCCAGCCAGCGGCUGCGGGACGCGUACUUGGCGCUGCAGACGUGGAAGCAGCAGGCCAUCUUCUCCGACCCCAGGGGCUUCACCGCCGACUGGGUGGGCCCGGGGGUCUGCAACUACACUGGGGUCUUCUGCGCGCCGCUGCCGCGGGGGGUGCCGGGCGCCGGGGAGCUCUCCGUCGCGGGCGUCGACCUCAACCACGGCGACAUCGCGGGCUACCUCCCGACGGAGCUCGGCCUCCUCGCCGACCUCUCGCUGCUCCACCUCAACUCCAACCGUUUCUGCGGCCUCGUGCCCGCCACGCUCCGCCGGCUCCGCCUCCUCGUCGAGCUCGACCUCAGCAACAACCGCCUCGUCGGGCCGUUCCCGGCCGUCGUUCUCGACCUCCCGGCGCUCAAGUUCCUCGACCUCCGCUUCAACGAAUUCGAGGGCGCCAUCCCGCCGGAGCUCUUCGACCGCCCGCUCGACGCCAUCUUCCUCAACCACAACCGCCUCCGCUCGCCGCUCCCCGACAACUUGGGCAACUCGCCGGCCUCCGUCAUCGUGCUCGCCGACAACAGCUUUGGCGGAUGCCUCCCGGCCAGCAUCGGCAACAUGUCCGGCACGCUCAACGAGAUCCUCCUCAUCAACGACGGUCUCGACUCCUGCGUCCCGCCAGAGGUCGGCUUGCUCCGGGAGGUGACCGUCUUCGACGUUAGCUUCAACUCUCUCGUCGGCCCGCUGCCGCAGCAGGUGGCCGGGAUGCGCAAGGUGGAGCAGCUGGACGUCGCGCACAACCGCCUGUCGGGGUCCGUCCCGGAGGCCAUCUGCGACCUUCCGCGCCUCAAGAACCUCACCAUCGCAUACAACUUCUUCACCGGCGAGCCGCCGUCCUGCGCGCGCGUGGUGCCACGAGGCGGCGACACGAAGAAUUGCCUACCCAGCCGCCCCGCGCAGCGCACGCCGCAGCAGUGCGCCGCGUUCUACUCGCAGCCGCCCGUCGACUGCGCCUCUUUCCAGUGCAAGCCGUUUGUCCCUGUUCCGCCAUUGCCGCCGCCGCCGCCAUCGUACCCCGGCCCCUUGCCACCGGUAUACCCCAUGCCGUACGCAUCGCCUCCGCCACCUGCGCAUUACCGAUGAUUCGCUGCGGGAGAGAAGCAAUAUCACUUUCACCUUAAAUUCGCCACCGCCGCUGCGCUGGACAAAGUUCGCCGUCACAAUUGUAUGUGGUCAGUCAUUGUUGUGCUUAGAUUAGUAGUGUUCUUGAUUGAUAGCUACUGGCAUAUAGAAGUUUAUUAUUAUAAGGUGCAUAUAUCGUCCUUGCUUUUGCAUUGGUCGUUCUCUGUUUUUCGCGUCGAUCGGGGUUUGCGUCACGGUGAUGGUGAAAUAGAUGGUCAGAUGGAGGUGAAAAGGAUUGGAGGGAACAAUUUGAGUUUGGAUUGAUUGCUAAUUGGCUGACUGCUUGAGAGAGAGGUCAGGAUGACGAGGAGGAUUGGUUGGUGACUUGGCGCCACCUUGGGCCUCGGAUGUAUAGGGGGAAUUGAGCAUAAGUUCUUCAGUUAAGCUACUGCUUUCAGUUGGGAGCCCGGAGAUAAGUUUUCAGACCAAGGAAUGUACCCCACUUAACUAUUCUUUUUGCAUUUUUAUGUCUCAGCUACUUACUGUUAAUCGAUUGUUAUGAUAUAUCUGUUUCGAUUCUUAGAAGGUUUUGGUCCUUUGCUUGCUACUUAGUGUUGUAUGGUUCACGUAUUUGUAACGUGAACGACAAUAUUCGUUUAAGUCCAACCGUAAUUGGAUAUCUUUGAUACCGUGCU